ACUUUUUCCGUUUUUGAAGAUUUGCCAAUUUCAGCCCCGUACUUAGCUUUUCUCGACCACUGAGUCCUUUACCCGUACCUUUCCCGCGAACAACACAAAUCGUGUGUCCUCACACUACCGGCAACCAUCUUUCAACAUUAAAGUUGGCACACCGUUGUCAUGGCGGAUAUUCCAGGACCGGGAAGUGUAGCUAACAAUCUGGCAAGAAAGCAAUCAGCGGAUAUCGCACUCGGUACUUUUCGACCUCCUCCAUUCCCUUCUUCUAACCCGGAUCACCGCUGUCAGGAGUUUGUUUCACCAGAAGGGCGCUACGACCUCUAUCAUGAAAUUCUAUUUGAUUCAUUGAUUCCGAACUACAACAUUGGAACAACCGUCAGCCUGGUGUCCAUUAAAUACAAGGAUUCAUCGAAAUUAGAAGGACUGGGUAAUUUAUACUCAAAUAGCAGCUCCACUACAACUACUUCUGAAACGGUGGCUGCAUCCAAUUCAGCCGAUUCAAAUGAUUCGGACGAAGAAAAUAGCAACACUUUACAUCCACCUUCACCGGUAGCAACGGCUUCCAAUGUCAAUGGAAACAAGCAAAUGCAUGUACUGAGACGAAAGUUCUCUCUCCAAACUGCUGCCGCCUCGCAAGAAUCCCCGAAUUCAUUGUCCUCUCGGCAAAUGACCUCUAUUGAAGGAGGUGUGGGCAGCAACAACGCGACAUCGACCCUCUCGUUUUUAACCAGAGGCCACACAUUAUCUGGGAAUGGUAAAGCUCCGCGCAAACCUAAAACCAGCAUCACCAAGUCCAAUUCCUCGUUUGUGCAACGUAUCAUUACAAACGAUCAGCUAGCCAAAAUUCUUAUCGCAAGGACAAGCGACGAUACCAAUUUAUUUUACAAUUGCGGUACCAGUUUUGUAUGGAUGGAUGCUACUGGCCAUCCCAAAGAACCACUGUCCCGCAUUAUCUUUGCUCGCUCAUACCCUACAGUACAUGAUGUGAACAUGCUUACAAGAGGGUCGGAUCAUCUUGACGUUAUAAUAGGCUUUUCCACGGGCGAUAUUUUAUGGUUUGAUCCGCUAUGCAACAAGUAUGGAAGGAUCAACAAAGGCGGCGUCAUCAAUUCAUCAGCAGUGACUGCAAUCAAGUGGCUGCCUGGUUCCGAAAACUUAUUUAUGGCAUCUUUCCAUGAUGGAUGCUGUAUGAUCUUUGACAAGGAGCGAGAAGAUCUUGGAGCGUUUCCACUAGACUCGUCCACAACCAACGGGAUUGGAGCUGGUACGACCCUAGUGUUUAACAAUCCGUUAGCGAAGCCUCAUGUGAGCAAUGGCUUUCAUCAAGUCAAAAUCGAAAGCCUUCACGAGGAUCUAUACCUCAAGGUUACUAAACCGCAUGUUAGAGGAGCACACAAGUGCAAUCCUGUCUCACACUGGAGUGUCAGCAAAAACCCUAUACAUGCAUUCGCAUUCUCUCCCGAUUUCCAGCAUGUUGCUGUUGUUGGUCUAGACGGCAGGCUACGUAUCAUUGACUACAUUGACGAAAAAUUGCUGGACACCUAUCAAACUUAUUAUGGCGGUUUGACUUGUGUAGCUUGGAGCCCUGAUGGUCGGUAUAUUCUGACCGGUGGACAGGAUGAUUUGGUAACCAUUUGGGCUUUCCGAGAACAGCGCAUUGUUGCUCGCUGUCAAGGGCAUAGUUCAUGGGUCACCAGUGUGUCAUUCGAUUCCUAUCGCUGUGACGAAAAUGUUUAUCGCUUCGGUAGCGUUGGUGAAGACGCAAAACUGAUUUUAUGGGAUUUUUCUGUCUCUGCGUUGCAUAGGCCAAAAACUCAAUCUAGACAUCGUGGCGCUUCUGUGUCAUCGUUUUCCAAUCCUGUCCAAGGCCUUGGUAGUGGCUAUUACGAAAAGCCGCCUACGCUACAUCCGGUGUUAGAAAAAAACAGAGUUGCAUUCUUACAACCUGUCAUGGUACAAACCAUUCAUGCCGACCCUUGCGUUGGUUUGUAUUUUAGAGAAGACGUUGUAGUCACCACUGACCGCAGAGGAAGAGUAGCAGUUUGGAAAAGACCACCAUAGGCAUCUAAUGUAACCUAU